AUGGCUUUUGAAAAUGCUGCUAAAAAUGGAUAUCUUGAAAUAUUAAAAUAUUUACGUGAAUUAGGAUAUAAAUGUUCAGAUUAUUAUUUUAAUAUAGCUUUUGAAAAUGCUGCUAAAAAUGGAUAUCUUGAAAUAUUAAAAUACUUCGGAAAUCUUGAAGUAAUUAAAUAUUUACAUGAAUUAGGGUAUAAAGGUGCAGAAGAUACAUUUAAUUCUGCUGUUGAAAGCGGAAAUCUUGAAGUAAUUAAAUAUUUUCAUGAAUUGGGGUAUAAAGGUACGGAAUAUGAAUUUGAUUGUGCUUUUGAAAAAGCUGCAGAAAAUGGCAACCUUGAAAUGUUAAAAUAUUUACAUGAAUUAGGGUAUAAAGCUUCAAAUUAUGAAUUUAAUUGUGUUGUUAAAAGCGGAAAUCUUGAAGUAAUUAAAUAUUUACAUGAAUUAGGGUAUAAAGGUGCAGAAGAUACAUUUAAUUCUGCUGUUGAAAGCGGAAAUCUUGAAGUAAUUAAAUAUUUUCAUGAAUUGGGGUAUAAAGCAAUUAAUCGCGCUAUAGAAAAUGCCAACCUUGAACGAGUAAAAUAUUUGCAUAAAUUAAAGUAUUAUUAUGAAGAAUUAGCAAUUAAUUAUGCUACUGAAAAUUAUGACUUUGAAUUUGAGCAACAAUUAUAUAAAUUUAAGUAUAAAUAUGAAAAAUGUGCAAUUAGUUCUGCUGCUAUAAACGGGUAUGAAUGUUAUGAUUGGACAAUUGAUUGUGUUGCUAAAAAUGGUCACCUUGAAAUAUUAAAAUAUUUACAUGAAUUAGGAUAUAAAGGGUAUAAAGGAACAAAAGAUGCAAUAGAUAAAGCUGCUGAAAAUGGUCAUCUUGAAAUAUUAAAAUAUUUGUAUGAAUUUGGGUAUAAAUGUGAUAAAUGGGUAUUUUAUUCUGCUGCAGAAAAUGGUUACCUUGAAAUGUUAAAAUAUUUAUAUGAAUUAGGGUAUAAAUGUGACAAAUGGACAAUUUAUAUUGCAAAAGAAAAUGGUCACCUUGAAAUGGGAAAAGCUGCUGACUUGUCACCAACAAAAUUGGCCAGAGUUGAGGUUUAUCUACAAGAGACAUCACUCACGCAAAAGGAGAUUGCUAAAAAUGUUGGAAUAAAUCAGAAAUCAGUAUCGAGAAUAAAGAAGACGCAGACUGGUGAAAAAAUAACGAGGCAACCGUGUUGGCAAUUGUGGCAGAAAAAAAUUAAUGUUUGUGCGAGACAACAGGUACCUCAUGAAAUGCUGUAUAAGAAACCAUAA